AUGUGCGAUCCGUGCUGCUCUCCCUGUGACCCUUGCUAUCCCUGCUAUCCUUGCGUACCAGCCCGAUGCUGCAAAAGUCGAGAAUUGCGUGGAGGAGUCCUCAUUGCCAACUGUGAAUGUCUGAAACGGAAUGGAUUGCAACACGAUUGUCCCCGAUCGGAGUGUCAAGGUAAACCUUGCUGUCUCACCAAACCGGAAGCUACGUGCUGUCCAUCAACCUACGCUCGACGAUUCCGUAAUGUAACCAUGGGUAACAAAAGCAACCCGAUUUGCCCCAAACGCUGUCGAGUCAGUACCAUCGGAAGUGGCUGUAAUCCCUGUGGGGUAGAUUGCUUCUCCUGUGGACCAUGCGGACCUUGUGGACCAUGUGGACCAUGUGGACCAUGUGGACCUUGUGCACCGUGUGGACCUUGUGGACCUUGUGGACCAUGUGGACCUUGCGGACCGUGUUCUCCGUGCGGUCCUGUAUGCGAUCCAAGCUGUCCUCCCGUGUGCGAUCCUUGUGGCUGCGUUCCCCAGGGUGACUGUGGACCGUGCGGAGCACCAACGCCCAAUUGCAUGCCGUGCUAUGAUCCAUGUACACCCAGCGUACCACCACCAUGUGGAGAUUUGUGUGCCCCUUAUCCAACCUGCGGUCCAUGCUGCUAA